UCCACUGAGCUUACGUAUCGUUCACUUCGAAAAUGCUUAAAAGUGAUUUAUUAAUCCCCUGCUUGCUUUUUGUUUGGUAUUAUAGAAUGCUCUUUGACUGUGCUAAGGAUCUUAAGUAGUUUUUAAGCUAGUGAAAUGAUAUUCUGCAUAACACUGAUAUCGUAAAUAAUUACAGAAAGACUAAAAUGGCUCAAGAAGGAAAGUUCUCUAUGCAAGAGGCCAAAAAGUUGCUAUCUUACAAAGAUGUGAAUUUUUCUUAUUUUUUCAAUAACUCUGAAGAGAUUAAUAUUUCUAAUUUGAACCACGACGGGUACGACGAAUACGGCUGUCCAUUCCCUAACCAUUACUACAAGGAUUUGACCCAAAUACCCGCAGUUUUGGCGACUAUCAUCGUCAUUUACGUCGUCGUCAUUGUCCUAGCAAUCUGUGGAAACAUGUUAGUGAUAUGGACAGUUUGGAAAAAUAACCAUAUGCACACAGUGACCAAUUAUUACAUUGUGAAUUUAGCGGUAUCUGACUUGCUGGUUUCCGCGAUCGUCACUCCCCUGAAAUUGCUGGAGUUUACGGCCCCAUGUCGCUGGAACAUUUUCCGGAGUGACGGACUCUGUUCAUUUAUGUCGUAUUUUCAACCAGUUUUUGUUUUUACCAGCGUUCUCACGCUUGUCGCCAUCUCCAUUGAAAGGUACUAUGCCAUCGUCCAUCCUUUAUCAGCUAUGAAAGUAAACAGCAAGUCACGGACCAAAAGAAUAAUUGCAGCUACUUGGAUCAUUCCAGCUAUUUUGGCCACACCCUAUUGUUUCAGUCGGUCAGACCCUUUCACAAUAAUCAGCGAACUGGGAUCAAUUUCCAGAGAAACAUGCACAGAUCGCUUUGACGAACUGGAUGGACAGACAGGGAACUUCAGAAGAAUCUUUUUUGUCAUUUUGUUCGUCGUAAUGUAUUUUAACCCACUGACCAUUAUUGUUGUGACAUGCACAAAAAUCGCUAUAUGUCUGACCAGGCCGUUUGUCGUAGGAAAUUCAGCACCCUGCAAACAGGAUCCCGCCGCUAGACGGCGCCACGAAGUAAAUAAAAGAAAGGUUGCCCGCAUGGUUAUAGUUGUUGCGAUCGCUUUCUUCGUUGCAUGGUCCCCGAUGUACAUAGUCAGCAUUGUCUCCGUUCUGCAGCCGGAAAACUUCCUCCAAGAAUCUAAUUUCGUUUUCACCAUGCUGAGUGCACACUUGUUUGGAUUCAUUAAUAGUUGUGUCAAUCCUUUUAUUUACACCGUCAUGAGCGAAAAAUUCCGACAGAGUUUCAAACGGACAUUGUGUCGUAUUUUUUGUAAUUUUAUUUACUGUCGUCAGAAAAUUCUGAAAUACAGAAAUGGGAGCAUCAUUCAGCGAAGGUCAACAAAUGUGACUUCUGCGACGAGAAGUUUUAACGAAGCAGAGGAUGAACCUCUUCAUAAUAGUAGUUCCGAUAACAGCCGAGGGACAACAAACACAAGAUAUAAAGAAGGCCAAAGUAGCAACAGUGAAAACGAAGAUAUGGCGAAGCUGGAUAAAAUAAGAACCCCGGGCAAGGAGUCUCGAGUGAAGUUCUCAAGGAACACCGAUUGUAUAUGUAUAUCAAAUGGACAUAUGGAAGAAAGUUCUAAGACUGGACCUGAUAUUAUAUUGGGUACAGGAGUAUUUGACAUUCGAUCUAACUCCAGCAGUGUUAAGGACGUAUUUAAUAAUGAGACGUUUAAGAAUGAUACGGAGCACAGUUCUCCAUUAAAACGCCUCACUUUGUUAAAUUAAUAAUGUGAAAACAUAUAUACAAACACUGCAUAUCAUGAACUGAAUAUUUUAUUUUUAAAAAUACAGGGAACAUUGUAUAAAAUUUAAUGUUUUAAGCUCAUCUGAACUAUAUGAUCAAAUGGGCUUUUCUGAUCAAACCAUGUUCGUUAUAUUAUGUCUACAUUAGGUGUUGAACUGAUAUUUUCAAUUUCCUGACUACAAAGAAUAUGUCUAUUCAAGUCACGGAACGACACAGUUCCUUAAUGUGACUGCCAUUUUUUUUUAUAUCUAUGGAGCUCACAGGAUAUCAGCUAAUCCAAUGUGACAUAGAAAAAGAAACUUUGAUGAUUUUGAAUGAUCACACAGUCAAUUGAUCCAAAUACACCUAUAAACCAAGCAGGGACUCAUUUGAGAGUAUCUGGCAAACAUGUUCCCUUAUUAAUUCAUCACGUCCAUGCUGCAGAAGCUUUUGACUCAAAUGAGCAUUGUGGCACAGGAGCACUGUUUUCUGGGAUUUUAAAAUUAUUUGAAAGCUUUGUUGUGACAAAUAAAUGUUGAAAACAAACAUGAA